AUGGGCCACUUGCUGGGUCUGACUCUGGCCUACCUGGCAGCCUGCGUAAUGGGCUCGGAGAGGCAGCAGCACCAGGUGCAGCACGGCCCCUGCAGCUACACCUUCAUCCUCCCUGAGGUAGAACAUUGCCAGCCACAGAAGAACUUUGAGUUCUCUAACACUCUCCAGGGGGACUCCCCAGCCAAGGUCAAAUCUGGUGUGAGUCAGCCCACUCUCGGCAGGACCCAGAAGGACAGGUCCUCCUGGCAGGAGAGGAAGCUAGAGAGUCUCGAGACUGCCACGCAGAAUAAUACCCAGUGGCUGCAGAAGCUGGAGAACUUCAUUCAGGAGAAUGUUCGCUCUGGCGUUGAGGAAAUGAAACGAUCGGCCGUGCACACUCACACUGCCGCCAUGUUGGAGAUGGGAACCAACCUCCUCAGUCAGUCAGCAGAACAAACUCGCAAACUGACUGAUGUCGAGACCCAAGUAUUAAACCAGACAAGUCGCCUGGAGAUUCAGCUGCUGGAGUACUCGCUUUUUACCACCCGUCUGGAGAAGCACAUUCUCCUGCAGACUCAGGAGAUCUCACGCCUCGGUGACAAAAACAGUUUUCUAGAACAGAGGCUCUUGACGCUGGAGGCUCGCUAUGGGAUGGAGUUGCAGGGCUUGCAGAGAGAAAAGCAACAGUUGCAAGAGCUGAUGCAAAGGCAGAGCCGUCUGGUCAGCCAGCUCCAGGGUGAACUAGGCAGCGCAACCCUCAACAGCACGUUGCUGCAAAGACAGCAAGCUUUGCUCACUGACACAGUGGGACAGCUACUGGCUUUGGUCAAUCAUUGCAAUGAAAUCUCCCAUGUACCCAAGGAGGAGGCACUAACUUUUAGGGACUGUGCAGAGGUUCUCCAGUCGGGACAAACAGCCAGUGGAAUAUAUAGCAUCCACCUCCCCAACUCCACCCACUCUGUCAAGGUUUUCUGUGAUAUGAAGACCAGAGGAGGGGGAUGGACUGUUUUUCAGCAUCGCAGAAAUGGCUCCAUUGAUUUCCAUCGCGGAUGGAAGGACUACAAAUUGGGAUUUGGAGAGCCUUCUGGGGAACAUUGGCUGGGAAAUGACAUCAUCCAUAAGCUGACCAGAUCCGGAGAAUAUAGUCUGCAUGUUCAAUUGAAGGACAAAGACGGGAAUGAGGCCUACUCGCACUAUGACCGCUUCUACAUAGACGGGGAAAACCACAACUACAGCCUUCACACUGAGGGUUUCAGCGGCACAGCUGGGCGGGCCGACAGCUUGACCCACGGUGGCACCCAGUUCAGCACCAAGGACAGAGAUAACGACCGCUGCACCUGCAAGUGUGCGCAGCUCGCCUCUGGAGGUUGGUGGUUUGAGGCUUGUGGACCAUCCAACCUGAAUGGUGUGUAUUACCCUGGAUCCAAUGUGGUGCGCUACAACGGCAUUAAGUGGUACUAUUGGAAAGGGCCAAAUCUGAUGGCUACCAUGACUACCAUGAUGGUGCGGCCAGCAAACUUAUGA